GAUUCGCUGACAUGAACUCUAAUUGGAUUAAGUAGGGAACUUGCUUAGCUGGAUGCUUUGUGCUGGGAUUGGGAACAGCCUGCAAAGAGAGCACGGACACACUACCAGACAGGAAGAGAAGCAGAGAGGGAGGAGGCCAGAGGCUGCCCUGCUUACCACUUGGAGAGGAAAGACUGAGAGAGGAGGGGUGAGAGAAGAAAAAGGGGAGUAUCCCGUCUCUCUGCCCUUCUGUGCUGCUGCAAACCCCCUCCCUCUCGCUAUGAUUCUCUUUCUCUCUCUUUCCCCUUACUCAUCUGUUUCUGUGGCUGUGCUGAGGGGAAGGACACCUGCCGCUCCCUGAUGAUUCAGCCUUUCAGCUGGUUGGAGCUCCACAGACAAGACAGCAUGUCCCUCCUGCCACUGCAGUGCUUGGCCGUCCUGUCCUCUGCAAUACAGCUAUUACAGCUGCAGUCGGCCCAUCACAUCAACACCGCCUCAUCAGUCCAAGUGCUCAGCAAAUUUGAUGAUUCUAUUUUUAGACUCAUGAGUGUGUUUCUUUGAGAAAGCAUGAGUAAGGAUCUCCUUUCCCCUCGUGCGCAGAAGGCUGUCUACAUACCCCCCGGACAGUUAACGAGGUUAGACUCACUCUGAAGAGCAUUUUUAGCUCCCUCUGAAAUCCCAGCUCUCACUCUGCAGCCUCAUGAUGGAAAACAUACUUGAGGAGACUGGUGGCAGACAGCCACUGUGUGAUGCUCUGACUUAAUAGUUGAUCCAACACGUGGAAAGGAUGACUGAGGGAAUGGAGGACUUCUCUGCAGGGCCAGCUCCUCCUCCUGGAUCGGCCUCCCCCACUGGAUUUACUGUUGAUACUGGACAAGUCCCCGAGGAGAAACCGGAGGAGACAGAGGCAGCUGGAGAGAGUGGGGAGGAGGGCACAGAUAGAACUGCAGAGGGAGGUGGCGGUGGUGAUGGGGAGCACUCAGGGGCUUUGGGAAUUGUGGCCUUGCCAGGAACCUGCUGUGUGUGCAUAGAGAUGGAACAGAUUAACAAUUGCCUGCACUCUGAGAAAAUCUGCAUUCUGCCCAUCCUGGCCUGUCUGCUUAGCUUAGCCCUCUGCACAGCUGGCCUCAAAUGGGUCUUUGUGGAUAAGAUCUUUGAGUAUGAACCACCCACUCACUUAGAUCCUAAACGCAUCGGACAGGACCCAAUUAUCAUAUCAGUUGACCCCACGCUGGGACUAACUAUGUCAAUUCCUCAUUCAUCUCCGUCUACUGUCUCCUUGACCACCGCCAUCACCAUAACCCCAGGACAUCCUGAGGUUUUAAUGGAGGAGACAUCCACACGAGGGUACGUGCCUCAGUCUCCACGAGUGACUCAGUCUGAUCCCUCUGUUACACUGAAAUUCAAUGCUGAACAUCCCAUCAUCCCAAAGCAGUCCCCGCAUCCUCAGACAACACAGGAACUUAACAACAUCUUUAUCCCAACAAUCUCUGCCACCAGCACUACCACUACAGCAAAGACCUCCAGUCAUGUGACGCGUUGCAGCGACAGCCAGAAGAACUACUGUGUUAAUGGAGGGGAGUGCUUCACCCUUGAAAUCAUGCCUGGCAGCACAAAGUUUCUCUGCAGGUGCUUGGCGGGAUUCACUGGGCACCGAUGUGAACAAGCUGUGCUUAAGAAAGUCUCAGACCCAAAACGUAUGUGAACACAACUGUAUUCAAACCCACAUGUCAUUGCUGGUGUUUCACCCCAUAUUUUCUCCAAGAAAUGAUGGAUGAAUCCAUAUUUCCUUUAUAUGCAGUGAUAGAACAAUCUGGUAAUAAGCUAGGCAUUUUUCCUGCUGUAAUCCUAGUUCUAUGAGUUCAGGUGGAUCCCUCCGAAUCUAAAGGCUGAAGUACUCCUCUUUGCGGGGUAGUGCACUGAAAUUCGCAUGUACUUCACAUCUCAUCAUACCCCUUCCAUACUGUUCAGAGCAGUGAAUUGCCUUCAUCUCAGGUUGAAGUGGUGUGUCUUUUCUGGAGGUAUGACCUACUACCCACUACUACUCUUCCCAUUCAGCCUCACCCCAUCCCCUCUGACCUUUAUAUACAGUCUAUGCCUCUAACACUCUGCAUUAGAACUUUUUCCGAGUGGUCUGGUGCUAAACUGACUUUGGUUGGGAAAGCUUCAAUGAUUGUGAUGUUUCAAGAUCAAACUUGUUUUUUUUGUUGUUGUUUUGAAAAAAAUCAUGUCUCACAUAGAGGAGACCCAGGGGAUCACUGGUGGGGCUAAUGCCACAUCAGGACUAACAGAGCUAUUACUGGGAGCCCUCGGUGCUCUUUCUGAUUGCCAUGCUUUGUAACUGCCAUACAUCUGGGCCUAUAUUGCUUUUUGGGUGGGUUCAUGACUCCCCUUAUAUAGGAUUUUAUUGCAUUCCUGAGUGGCUGCUUACGUACAUGCAAAUUUCAGUCUGCUGCUAAGAGAGUAUUCAAAUCUAUAGAGCUUGAUAGAAUGCCUGCACAAAAUAGAACUGUUUCUCAUAAUCUCCCUAAAUUGAAGAUUAUAAUUCAAUGCACCUGUAUGAAGGUCUGAACUCAGGCUCACAGACUAUAGCUAGACAUAUUGGUCUAGCCCUUCCUGCCAACACCAGUGAUGACUUUUGUGGGUCUUUCACAGCUCUUGCAAAACUAACUCCCCCUCUCUUCUCGUCUUCUUUCUUCUGUUUCUUACUCAGGUGUCCAAAUGAAUUUACUGGUGAUCGCUGCCAAAACUAUGUAAUGGCCAGCUUUUACAGUAUGUCUAUUUCCUCUUCUAUCUGUUCUUGGAUUGGAGCAUGCUCAAUUAGCAGUUUGUGUGCUGUAUACUUGUAAUGUUAUGUUUCUCCUUAGAUCUGUGAUUUUUGAAGCCCAUCAUUUUUGCAUGUUGGAGUUGGUUUCCAUGGAUUAUUUUGUAUUUUAA